AUGAGUUCCAGCAGCAGCGAUGAUGGCGGCAUUGCCAUGAAGCAGUUCAAAGACAAGCACGUAGAAGAAGAUGAAGAAGUAGACGGCGGCACCAGCCGGGAAGACGAGCUGGAUCUGGUUGACAGCGCCAGCGGCAUGUCCAGCGGAGGCGGCGCGUUCGAAGAAGGGAUGGCGUCAAGCGGCGUGCCGCCCGUUUGCCUGAGCUUCAACGACCUCAGCUACUCGGUGCGCAUCAAGAAGGGUCCCUUCGCCGAUGGCAUCAAGGGCCUGGGUCCCAAGCUCAGGUCGUGCCGGCUGUGGACCAAGGAGUCCAAGGAGAUCCUCAAGCCCAUGUCGGGCCACUUCCUACCCGGCCGCCUCGUGGCCAUCAUGGGUCCCUCUGGGGCGGGUAAGACGUCGUUCCUGAACCUGCUGAGCGGUCGGACGAGAGAGGGCAAACUGGGCGGCGAGAUCCUGGUCAAUGGACACAAGCUCAGCCGCGACCAGUUCAAGCGCGCCAGCGCCUACGUCAUGCAGGAGGACACCCUCCUCGGCAACCUCACCCCUCGGGAGCUGCUGACGUAUUCGGCGCUGUUGCGGCUGCCGCGGAGCAUGCCCAAGCACGAGAAGCUCGAGCGGGUGGAGAAGGUGCUGCGGCAGCUCAACCUGGUGCGCUGCGCUGACACGCGCGUGGGCGUGCCGGGCGUGACGCGCGGCAUCUCCGGCGGCGAGCGGCGGCGGGUGUCGAUCGGGCUCGACCUCAUCGUCAACCCGCGGCUGCUCUUCCUCGACGAGCCCACGUCGGGCCUCGACAGCACCAUGGCCGAGCAAGUCGUUACCAUCCUUCGCAACCUCGCCCGACAGGGCCGCACAGUGGUCUGCACGAUUCAUCAACCGUCGUCGGAGACCUUCAAUCUGUUCGACGACGUGUUCUGGCUGGCCAACGGCUCCCUGGUCUACAGCGGACCCGUGGCCAAGCUCACCGGCUACUUCAAGACCCAGGGCUACGCGUGCCCCAAGUUCACGAAUCCGGCGGACCACUACAUGCGGCUCAUGUCGCGCAGCGAGCAGGUCGAGGAGGAGGACUACGUGAAGCGAAUCGAGACGCUGGCCGACCACCAGAAGCAGCACGCAGCACUCAUCCCCAUCGAGGGCUACCGCCUCCCCGCCCGCUGCCUCACCCUCAGCCACGGCCCCAGCCAGGGCAGCGGCAUCAGCCCCAUCGACCACCACCAUGGCCGAGAAGACGACGAUGCUGAUGGUGAUGGUGAUGGUCGUAAAGUGGCUGGCGGUAGUGGUGGUGAUGAUGUGGAGUUCCGCAACGAGAAGCUGCCGAAGCUGAAGAAGGCGGGGCCGCGGUUCUUGAAGCAGUUCCUGAUUCUGCUGGCGCGGGCGUGGAAGUGCUACAUUCGCGACCCGGGCGUGACCAAGCAGCGGCUGAUCAUCACCCUCAACAUCGGCGUCGUGGUGGGUCUUCUCUUCCUCCAGCUCGGCCACUACCAAUCCGACAUCCAGAACAGGCAGGGCGUGCUGUUCCUCAUGAUCACCCAGGCCGUCUUCAUGACCGGCAACUCUGUGCUCUACCUCUUCCCGACAGAGCGGCCGACAUUCCUGCGCGAGUACGGCAACGGGAUGUAUGGGGUUACGGCCUACUACCUGGCCAAGUCCACGGCGGACAUCCCCUUCCACAUCGUCUUCCCCGUCAUCGGCACCACCAUCACCUACUGGAUGGUGGGCCUACGAGAAGACGCCGGGGCGUUCUUCAUUUGCCUGGGUGUGAUCCUGCUCGUCUCCAACAUCGCCCAGUCGCUCGGCCUCCUCGUGAGCGUAGGCACCGAGCUCCCGGUGGCGUUGACGAUCUUUCCGGUGACGGUGAUUCCGCACAUGCUGGUGGGCGGCCUGUUCCUGGUGGUGUCCGACAUCCCCAAGUACUUCAUCUGGCUGCAGUACAUCUCGCCCUUCUUCUACGCCUUCGUCACACUCGUCCGCAACGAGAUGGAGGACGUCACCUUCAAGUGCCGCUCUAGCGAGAUGGUGUUGGGCGUGUGUCCGAUCGUGAAUGGAAACGAGCAGCUGGACCGUCUGGACUUCGACCGGUACCCGACGUGGGUGGGACCCAUCUGCCUGGCGGGGCUCUACCUCAUCCUGCGACUGCUCACCUACCUCUCCCUCGUCUACCUCGCCCGCAAGCGAUCCGCCACCUGA